CCAAGCUACCCACAACCAAACACCUAUGUCCCACAAGUUCCAAGCUACGGAGGAGCUGGAGCUGGAGAUGUUAUCAAGAACAAUCUCUUCAACAUGCAAAACUUAGGACAAACUAACAACCAAGGGCAAUCCAGCGCUCAAAUUGGAGGAGCACAAACCAAUGUUGGACAAAACCAAAAUGCCAUCAACAUCGGACAAACUAACAACAACGGUGGUCAAGGUUCUGGAUAUGGAGCCCCACAAUACGACUCUAAAUACGCUCCAAGCUACCCACAACAACCCAGCUAUGCUCAAUACCUUCCACAAAACAUCUUCGCCGGUAACAAGGUUGACUACACUGGACUUGCUCAGAACAACCAACAAGGACAAUCUAAUACUCAGGUAGGAGGAGAACAAACUAACUUUGGAUCCAACGCCAAUGCUAUCAACAUUGGGCAGACCAAUCAGAACGGAGGAGGAAAGGGAUCAGGAUAUCCAGCUCCACAAUAUGACUCCAAAUACGUUCCAAGCUACCCACAACCAACAUACACCCAACAGCCUAGCUAUGCUCAAUACCUUCCACAGAACAUCUUCGCCGGAAACAAGAUUGACUCCAAGGAAUUAGCUCAGAACAACAACCAAGGUCAAUCUAACACUCAAGUUGGAGGUGCCCAGACUAACUUCGGAUCUAACGAAAACGCCAUCAACAUUGGACAGACCAACAACAACGGAGGAGGAAAAGGAUCAGGUUAUCCAGCUCCACAAUAUGACUCCAAAUACGUUCCAAGCUACCCACAACCAAACACAUAUGUCCCACAAGUUCCAAGCUACGGAGGAUCUGGAGCCGGAGAUGUUGUUAAGAACAACCUCUUCAAUAUCCAGAACUUAGGACAGACAUCUUCUCAAGGUCAGGAGAAUGUUCAAGUAGGAGGAGCUCAAACCAAUGUUGGACAAAACCAAAAUGCCAUCAACAUCGGACAAACCAAUCAAAAUGGAGGAGGAAAAGGAUCAGGAUACCCAGCACCACAAUACGACUCUAAGUAUGCUCCAAGCUACCCACAACAACCAAGUUAUCCAAGCUACGGAAGUGGAGCUGGAUAUAUUCCACAAAAUAUCUUCGCAGGAAACAAGGUUGAUUAUACUGGAUUAGCUCAGGGAAACAACCAAGGACAAUCCAGCGUUCAACAAGGAGGAGCUCAAACCAAUGUUGGACAAAACCAAAAUGCCAUCAACAUCGGACAAACUAACAACAAUGGUGGUCAAGGUUCUGGAUAUGGAGCCCCACAAUACGAUUAUGGAAAAGGCAAAGGAGGAGGAGACACCCAUACCGAAGAUAACAGAGACAAAAAUACAUUCACUCAAGCUGGUCUUGUUGGUCUCAUAAAUGCUCCACUACAAAUAGGUAGCCCCACACUCAGCCUUCUCGAUGAUGCCGGCUACAAGACUUAUCCUGUCUAUCCAGAUCAAAUUGCCCAUAUUCUAGGAAACAGGUUCAACAUGCAAAACUUAGCACAAACUUCUUCCCAGGGACAACAAAACGUUCAAGUAGGAGGAGCUCAAACCAACGUUGGAUCUAACUCAAACAGCAUCAACCUUGGACAAACCAAUAACAACGCUGGACAAGGAAAGGGAUCCGGAUACCCAGCUCCCCAAUAUGACUCCAAAUAUGCUCCAAGCUACCCACAACCAACCUACACCCAACAACCAAGCUAUGCUCAAUACCUUCCACAGAACAUCUUCGCCGGAAACAAGAUUGACUCCAAGGAAUUAGCCCAGAACAACAACCAAGGACAAUCUAACACUCAAGUUGGAGGAGCCCAAACUAACGUUGGAUCUAAUGCUAACACCAUUAACGUCGGACAAACC